UGUUACGCCGCACCCCUCUUUCCUCACUUCGUCCAAUCAGGAGCGGAGUAGAAACCGUGGAGCCAAAUUUGAAAACUAGCUGAAUAGUUCGGUUCUUGGUGCUUGUAUUCCGCCUGUCUGUUUCUGUCUCUUUUUCCUUCUGUCCGCCCGUCGGAAUUCCAGUGCUGGUCCUUCUGGACAGUUAGUUGCGUAGACAGAACCAUGCCGCGGGGUACCAGGAAAAGUGAAGUUUUGGCUGCCUCUCUAAUUUCGAGUAUGAACCAUGCUCUUGCAAGGCUUAUGGACAUAUGGGAUGGGCUGGGCAUCAAAGAAGAGAUGCGACUGAGACGUAUGGAAGAAGUUAAGAAGCACAUUGAGGAAUUAUUAAACCGUAUGAUCAGUGAGGAAGUUGAUAUGAAAGACAGGAUUGAGAAGAGUAUUCAGAACUGCCAAAAAGAGUUAAAACUACUGUGCCAUGAAUUAUCGAUAGAGGAAUAUGUGGUGGAUGAGGGCAUGACUGUCCUUCAAACAGAGAGGGAUUUAAGAGUGAGAUUAGAAAUGUUGCUAAAUGAAAAAAAUGACAGAUUGGAGGAGCUCAGGUUGCUGCAGCAAACGGAUAUUGAGCUGUGUACUGACCUUUGUGUGACUCCAUAUUACAUACCAACUGGAAGUAUACCAAGUCGCCAACAGCUGGAAGAACUCAAAGAACAUAUUAAAGUUCAGACUGAAGAAAAGAAACAACGUCUGCAGGUCUUUUCUACUCUGAGAGCAGAAAUUCGCCAGUGUCUGGAUGAAAUGGGACGUCAGCCUGAAAAUUCUUUAGAACAGGAUGCCAUCUGUGAGGAUGAAGAGGCGUUCUUUCUUACAGCUGAUAAUAUCAAGGCGCUGAGGGUUCUUAAAGAGCAGCUUGAGUUGAAAAAAGAAACCAUGCUGUCCACUCUGAGUGCCCUCAAAGAAAGAGUUCAAGUUUUGUGGAGCCGCUUACUGGUACCACAAGAUGAGCAGGAAACAUGCCAAAAAUCUCCUCUGUGUCCUAUUGCCAAUUCAAUCAAACUGUGGGAAAACGAACUUAUACGUCUAGAAGACCUUAAGAAAGCAAAUCUGAAGGAUGUGGUUUUGAAAAUUAGAGAAGAGCUGAAGAUGUACUGGGACAAAUGCUUUUAUAGCACAGAGCAAAGAAAGUCAUUCACUCCAUACUAUAAUGAUGACUUUACAGAAGAGCUUCUCAGCCAACAUGAUGAAGAAGUUGUCCGAAUGAGAUUACAGUAUGAAAAAUGCAGAGAGAUGCUUGAUGCUGUGAACAAAUGGGAAACCAGCUGGGGACAGUUUGUAUUACUUGAGAAAAAAGCAACAGACCCCAACAGAUUUUCAAAUAGAGGAGGAAGCUUGCUAAAAGAGGAAAAAGAACGAGCAAAACUUCAAAAAAUGCUGUCAAAGUUGGAGGAAGAGCUAAAGUCCCGUAUAGAAGCAUGGGAGACUGAACAAGGAUGUGCCUUUUUACUUAAAGGACACAGGUUUAUGGAUUAUAUUACAAGUCAAUGGGAGAUGCACAAAAAACAAAAGGAGCGUGAAAAGCAAGACCGGAGCCUUAAGAAAGAAGAGCACACUCCUUUCAAGACCCCAAUUAAGCGCCCAGCAGGAUCCUGUAUACAGGGUACUCCAAGUAAUAAAACUCGAAAACUUAAUGGAACAUCAAAUUCUGCCAUGUCUCGAACCACUGUAAGUAAUUCCAGCACAGCUUCUUCAACUUCAAGUCAGUCAUUAAAUGGAAAAAUGCCUCUUUCUACUAUUAAGACUCCAAUGAAAAAUAGAGAUACCCCUGUGAGAACACCACUUCAAGACAGUAACAAACAGACAAGUGGGCUUUCCAGCCAGCCUGGCAGCUACUCAGAGUUUAAGGAGGAGAUGACAAAGAAGUCCAGCAAUACUGAUGCAAUUUUCAAUUCCACGGUAAACGAGAACUUGUAACAUUACACUGUUCUGUUUUUAAAUGCUGUAAAACUGCACUAUUUUUGAAAUUCUGAAAUGUUUUUAGCCUCUUUUUUGUGGCUUUUAUCACAAUUGCAAUUCCAAAAAAAAAAAUAUUGCAAAAUCAAUUAAUUGUAACUGUAAAUAUCGUUUCUUGUCAUGUCUUUUUAAAUGUGGCCUUGUCAGUGUAUGGCUUAUAGAAUAAAUAGCCUGUAAAUAGUCAUUUAAAGAACUUUUUUUCUUUUCUUGGUUUUGUUUAAUCUCUUGGUUAUUGGCAGAUCUUUUCAAUUUCCAAUAAAGAGAAUUGACAUCAGAUACCAAUUUCCAUUUGGCAUAAUCAUGACAUAUGCCUUUAAAAGCUUAGACCACACAGCAAAAUAUUUUGUAGAACCAGUGGUGUUUGUUGCUGUCACUGGAGCAGGGAGUCUUAUUUUUUUUUUUUAUGAACCUUACUGGAGAGGCUCUGUAGUGCCUGUAAUACAUUUCAUUUGUAAAGGUUGUUAAAAGGGGAAUCCACCUUACAAUUGUAUUAAAGCAUCAGGUUGAUGGCUAUAUUCUAAUAAUGUGUAUGCAUGAUUGCACUGAACUAUUUAGCUUUUUUUCUGCAGCUCUCCAAUUUGGCAUUUAAACUACUGUAAUUAUGGAUUAUCUUCCAUUUA